AUGGUUAAUUUUUGUAAUGCUUACAAUUGUACUAGUAGCAGUGAUAUUCAAAGUGAUUUAAUAUUUCAUAGAUUUCCACUUAAUGAUAAUGAAAGGCUCAAAAAAUGGAUACAUGCUGUCAGACGAACAAAUUUCAAACCCAACCAAAAUUCAUUUUUAUGCAGUUUACAUUUUACUGAAAAGGAUUAUAAUAGAGUAGUUGUAAGUGGGAAAUUGGUUUUAAAAAAAUGUGCUGUGCCAACUAUCUUUGAAUUCCCAGAUCAUUUAAUGCCAAAGGUGAAAGAAAGGCGAGUUUUACAACGAUCUGAUAUAUUAGAGCCUGUUCAAAGUACUUCAGAUGUACAAGUAUCAGAUGAUACAAAACAGAUGUUUGUUGAUGUUGGUGUUCAGACAAAACUAACUGGACAAGAAUUGGACACUACAAUAAAUAACUUACGACGAGAAAAAAAAAUAUUGCAACAAAAACUUAUAAGAAGAAAUAAUCGGGUAAGUAAUUUGGGAGAAAUGUUACAGUUAUUAAGAAAAAAUAAUUUAAUUGAAGAUGCUGUUGAAGAUAUUUUUAAAAACCAAUUUAAUUCUUUAUUACCAUUCACAUUAUUUCAAAAUGAAAUUAUAAAUAUUAAAAAUCAAGCAAACCAUAAGUCAUAUUCUGAGGAAAUUCGAGAAUUUUGCUUAACAUUACAUUUUUAUUCUCAUCGUGCUUAUAAUUUUAUACGCCAAAGAAGCACACUGCCUGAUCCGUCCACAAUCCGUAGGUGGUUGUCAACUAGACACUGUAAUCCUGGUAUUUUAACAGAAGUUUUAGAUUACUUUAAAAAUAAACUGAAAACUGAAACAAUUGCAUUUUCACAUAUAAAAGAUGUUGCAUUGAUUUAUGAUGCUAUGUCUAUAAGAGAUGGAUUUUGGCCAGAUCAAAAUGGCAAAGUUUAUGGGUAUUGUGAUCUUGGUGGUAUUGCUCAUACAGAUAAUGAGGAAUUGGCAAAAGAAUCUUUAGUAUUUAUUAUUAGUAGUUUAAAUAAGAAAUUUAAGUGCCCUGUUGCAUAUUUCUUUAUUAAUAAAAUAAAUGCAACUGUACAGAGUCAGUUAGUACUUGCCGUUAUUUCAGCACUUUAUGAAGCUGGAAUUAUAGUUGCUGUUUAG